CACCCAGAGGACCGGAGAAGAAGCCAGGGCUCAGGGCAGAAGCUGAUUAGAGGAACAGCCAGCAGACACAGGUGGUGGUCGGUGGCAUCUGACAGGAGAACAAUAAAUAGACAAAACAAUAUGAACGAAGGUAUAGAGGGGACGGAGCGGUUCCUGAGCCCGGGCAGCGGCAGGGGCCUGCGGGCGGUGAGGCACUUCUCUGCGGGGGAGCUGGUGUUCGCCUGCCCGGCUUACUCGUACGUGUUGACGGUGAAUGAGAGGGAAGCACACUGUGAGAACUGCUUCUCCAGGAGAGAAGACCUUUUUAAGUGUGGAAAAUGUAAGCAGGCCCACUACUGCAAUGUAGAGUGUCAGAGAAGCGAUUGGACCAUGCAUAAGCUGGAGUGUGUAGCUAUGUGUGCCUAUGGGGAGAACUGGUGUCCAUCAGAGACUGUCCGACUGGUGGCUCGAAUCAUCCUCAAACAGAGAGUAACACCAGAGCGCGACCCUUCUGAAAGGCUGCUACUGCUCAGCGAGUUUGAAGCCCAUUUAGAUAAGAUGGACAGUGAGAAGGACGAGAUGAACAAUGCAGACAUAGCAGCGCUGCACCACUUUUACUCCAAACACAUCAGUGAUAUUCCAGGCGAUCAGGCUCUCACUGAACUAUUUGCACAGGUUAACUGUAAUGGUUUCACCAUAGAGGAUGAGGAGCUCUCCCAUCUGGGAUCAGCUGUUUUUCCAGAUGUAGCACUGAUGAAUCACAGCUGUAGUCCUAAUGUCAUCGUGACCUAUAAAGGCACAGUGGCAGAGGUCAGAGCAAUCAGAGAGAUAGACCCUGGAGAUGAAGUCUUUAACAGCUACAUAGACCUGCUCUAUCCAACAGAAGACAGGAAAGAGAGGUUGUUAGAUUCCUACUUCUUCUCAUGCCAGUGUACUGAGUGCACCUCCAAGUCUAAGGACAAAGCAAAAAUGGAGACCAGGAAGCUGAGUUCUCCACCAGAGCCAGAGAAAAUCAAAGCCAUGGUCCAUUACGCCAAGAUUGUGAUCGAGGAGUUCAGGAGAGCCAAACACUACAAAACCCCCAGUGAGCUGCUUGAGAUUUGUGAGCUCAGCCUGGAGAAGAUGGGAGCGAUAUUUGCAGACACAAACGUGUACAUGCUGCACAUGAUGUAUCAGGCCAUGGGAGUCUGCCUCUACAUGCAGGACUGGGACGGAGCGUUGAGAUACGGAGAGAAGAUCGUUCAGCCGUACAGCGUUCACUACCCGGCCUACUCUCUGAACGUGGCGUCUAUGUAUUUAAAACUGGGACGUCUGUAUUUGGGGCUGGAGAAGAAGAAACAAGGAAUCAGAGCUUUGAAGAGGGCUGUUGCCAUCAUGGAGAUGGCUCAUGGGAAAGAUCACAAUUAUGUAGCGGAAGUCAAACGGGAAAUCGAGGAGCAGAAAUAAACAAUGAGUUUAAAGAGAGACGCACUGGAAUAAGGAACCUCUCUUUAAAACAGCAACAACAAAAAGAAACAUCACAAACGCAUGCUAUGCAUCUUAUACCUCUCUGUUUUAUGGUCACCCACUUUAUUGUUUUUCUUGCCUGAUGGGUUUUUUUCAUGUCUUUUUUUCAACACUUUAUGUGACGAUAAUCAUGUUUUCUACCUGAAACUCCACACUUCCUGUCAGACCUGGAGUCAAAGCAAACAAAUAAUGGUAAAAAUGUUUGGAAUGAAAAAAAGUGACUUAAAUACUUUCUUACUGUGUGCUAAAACUCAAUAAACCCAUUCAACGCGAUAAAAACAUAACUUAAAUCUGCCUUUUAAAGCUGUCUUUUCGGGGAAGCACCCCUUUCAUUUGAACGCCACAUAAACUACAUGUUCUGCCUGUGUUCAUUACACCCAUCAACCCACGUGUUUCAUCAUCAUUUAUGUCUUCGUCAGCCGUUUCAGAUGCACAGUUGUCCUCCAGAGAAAUUGUUUAAUGAUUUGGACUUCUGUACAAGCUGGUAGUUGUUAUAAAGGGCAUUAUACUGAUACCCAGCCAAUACAUUUUAUUCUAUCAAACUGAUUAGCUGGCUUCAUAGGUUCUUAUUUAAAAUGUAAAAAUAUGAGGACUGACCAUGCAUCAGAUACUCUGUAGCAACGGAGAAGAGAAUGCAAAGAACUUUUCCUAAAUGAAUAACAAGUGGUUUGUUUGUCUUGUUUUAAAGAACCAGAAAAAGUGUUGCAUGUUUCUGUAAAAAAUGUUUCAUAUGAGCCUUGUUGACCAAAGGGGCCAUGGGUUAUUCUGAUAGGAACCAGCUAUAAUCCUCUAUUCACAGUCUAUCCUUAAAUAGGGGUGCUGAUCUGAGACCAUGCUGCUUCUUAAAUCCCAGUGAGGACAUUUGAACCAUUACCUGACCAAUGAUCCUGGGUCAAGGCUCUCAGGAAAAAAGGAACAACACGGUAGCUUUUGUUGCCUUUUGUCUAGAAAUGCAUUAUUGUACCUUGUUUUUUAAGCAGCAUGAAUGCAGAUUGUCAUUACCUUGGGAAUGAAAUUUCUUAAGCACCUGAGGGCAGAUUUUUAACACGCAGUAUUUAUUUUAGACGCAGGUGAUCAUUUCAGAGGUAUCAUCCUCACAAACUUUGAAUUUUAUGAACAUUAUUUAAAAAUAAAUUGUAUCUCCCCCUAUAUUUACCUGCAUGGUUGUCAAAUCAUGUUGACAACCAGGAUUUUCAGAGAUGCUCAAAGUGUUUCUUGUGUUUAAUUGUUUUCAAAGAACCCUGACAUCAUUAGAAAAAAGGAGCAGUUACAUGUUGUAAAACUGUCUCUCUUAUGAGUGAGCAUGCAGUGUGUCAAGGUGGCUUUCAGAAGUUUGAACUUGAGGCAAUGCCAAGAUCAUCACCUAGGCCUUAUGUUAGGGUUCUAGUUGCACUAAAUCUUUUUACAAUUUCUGUGACAAAAUGAUGUCAAAAUGACAUGUAAGCACAUUUUGUUAUGUUUUCUUAAUUUAUGUUCAUGGACAGUUGGCCUUGCUGUCUUCACAUCAUGCCCCACCAGAGAAACUACAGUUAUAUCUAAUUCCUUUAUUCUUUUAAAAAGCUGUUGCUUCUCCCUUUUGCUUACAUUUGACUAUGGACGCAGUCUUAUGCAUGGGUUACUGAGGGUUAGUAUUCCCUUGAGUAUGAGUCGCCUCAUAUUUGUAGCAACCUCUCCAGAGGUGACACUUUUUGUAAUCUGCAAAGGUGCAUCUAAGGUGCCUGCCUUUUGCAUACAACAUGUCAUUCAAAAGGUCUGUUCCAAUGUUUGUUUUAUAAAUGAAAAGGGGUUUGAAUUCUGCACAAACCAUAAAAUAUCAAAACCCUCAGUUUGUCAGAUUUUCGCACUUCAUUUUCAGCCAGACUGUAGGAACAUGCAUUUGAUUGGUUUUCUGUCAUGAAGAAAAAGCAUGUUGCACAUAACAGUCAAAUCCAUGCUCAUGCUGCACAAAAAAAACAGAUUAAAGGCUUUUCUGCAUUUCUGUGAUGACUUUUUACUUUAUGAGGCAUGAAUGUUAUGCAUAACUAAAUCUGAACCUCUGAUUCUUUAUUUAUUAUGUCACUGAUACUCAAUAAAGGGCAGUAUGGCACUUGCUUCAAAUUUA